AUGAUCGCGUGCGAUUUUAACCUACGUUUUGUAUAUGUUCGGGCUGGUUGGGAAGGAUCUGCUUCUGAUGCUAGAGUACUUCAGCAUUCAAUUGAUCACGGAUUCCAUGUCCCCCCCAAUAAAUAUUAUCUGGUGGAUGCAGGAUAUGCAAAUACUCCAAAAUUUAUUGCUCCAUACCGGGGUGUGCGAUAUCACUUACAGGAGCAAGGACGGGCAGGAUGUAGACCAAGUAAUUACAAAGAACUAUUUAAUUUGCGUCAUGCUUCAUUGAGAAAUCAUGUUGAACGCAUUAUUGGAGUCUUGAAAAUGAGAUUUCCUAUACUUAAAGUUGCAACCUUUCAUCCAAUAGAUUCCCAAACUGAUAUAGUAGUUUCCGCAUGUGUGUUGCAUAAUUUCAUACGUAUACACAAUGGCACGGAUGAAAUCGAAGAAAUCAAUAAUGGAGCUGACGAAGUUACCGUCCCAAAUGGAGAUGAUACAUAUCAAAAUGAUGUCAACGUACUGAACUCUGAUCGUAUUGCAGGUGCUCGCAAAAGAGAUGAAAUAGCGAUGCAAAUGUGGAAUGAUUAUUGUAACUAUCGUAGAAAUGUAAUUUAA